CAAGGGUUCCCACUAUCUGGGUUCCCCUGUGCUGGUCCCCAGCCCAGAUGAAAUACAGGGUUGUGUCAGGAAGGUCAUCGGGCAUAAAAAUCUCUUCCAAAUCACCUGUUUGACUCAGUAGAAGCAGAUUUGCUGUGACGACCCCUAAAGGCAUAUGCCAGAAGGUGGACAACAACAUAUAUUGUACCGAUUAAAUCAAAUAGAAGGAGCUGUAAUGUUUUAGCUAACAAAAAAUGAAUAAAUUGUUGGCCAUCAUCAAAAGACUUUAUUCUGCAGCUUCAUCAUGUCCUGAUCAAUCAUUCAGGUGAACUUCAUGAUAACCAACAUACCAGGGCUCCGUCGUCGCAGAGAAGCUAAUGAAAACCGACAGCAACAGCAGAACCAGCGGAUGGUGAGAGAUUCUCAGCUGUACAGAGAUCUGGCUCAAGCUUCAGGAGGACAAGCGAUUCAAGUUUCCAAAACUCAGCUGCUCCAGGCUACCAGCAUAAUCACAGAGUCCACAAGCUGUUCUCUGGUGACCCUUCUGCAAGCAAACAGAAAUUUGGGGAAGGCGGAAAAUUACACUUUCAUUGUGGAUGAGACAUUAACUAAUCUGAUCAUUUACAUCACUGGAAGCUCUGUCAACUACACGCUUGUCAAUCCUUCAGGUGAGCUUCAUAAUAGCACCUUCACAGGGCCAUCAAUCAUCACAGCUGAGUUGGUGGGAAACUUACGGACUCUGCGGUUGCUGGGCCAAGUUGGAUUGUGGGAAUUGAGACUAACGUCAACAAAUCCCUAUACCCUGAGGGUUGUAGGUCAGAGUCCUAUUGAUUUCAUCUUUAGCUUUGUUAAGCAAUCUCAGGGCCCAUUAGGAGGAUUUGAUCUAGUUGAAAAUCGUCCAACAGCAGGCGGUAACACCAGUUUGCAGGUUACUCUACUUGAGGCUGACAUCUCUACUGUGACAGAAGUCAUUUUGGUUGAAUCCUCAGGGUCAGGGAAGGUUAAUGGUCUUGUGGAGGCUCAGGGUGGAGGACAAUACUUAGUCCAUUUUGACAAGAUACCAUCAUUUGAGUUUGUGGUAUUAGUGAGGGGGCAGAGCACCAACAGUACAGCCUCUAGAGCAUCCUCAAUGACAUUCCAGAGGCAGUCUACAACCAGCUUUAGAGCGUCUUCUGUAUCUAUUACUUUGUCUGAUACAGGAAGUGUCUUAGAGCCUGGAACUCCACUCCUCAUUCCCUUUUCUGUGACGACCACAGGUGAAGGAGGAAACUUUGUCAUCAAAGCUACCAAUGACCAAGGUUAUAAUUUAACCUUUCCAUCCAGUUUAACUCUGGAAAGUGGAGGUAGUGCCGACGGAACAGCAAGUAUCACAGCACCUCUGGCCUCCCAGCCUGGUACUGGUGUCACACUGACCAUAGAAGCUGAAGCUCCAGGAGGUGCAGACGCCAACUAUGAUGUGCUGCGUCUCACUGUUCUUCCAAAGGUGACAGAUUUUUCUCCUCCAGUUUGCCAUUUGCUUAGUCUCCAGUCCAACUGCAGUGAUAGAUGUAACCAGUCUACAUGGGAGCUCUCUGUCCAAGCGGCCGACGGAGAAAAUGGAACUGGGAUCGAUAGCAUCAGUCUCAGAGAAGGCGACGGCAUCUUAAACUUUAAUAUGACAACAGCCAACGUGACGCUGGUAUCCUACAACGCAUCCUGUUGCUCGCCUAACGUGCAGCUGGUGGUUGUAGAUCGAGUGGGUAAUGUGGAAGUCUGCAGUUACUCUGUUGCCCCAAAUGUAAGCACAACAUUCAGUCCAACAAUCAAGCCAAGUUCAUCAACAACAGCUUCAUCAUCUGGAGCUGUCUAGCCCUCUCUUCUUUGCCUCAGUGUCAUGAUUUUGGGGAUUAUGUUGGGCUGUAAGAUGCAUUGAGAUUAAUUUCUAUAUUUUCAAAAGCUUUUGAUGUAGCAGAUCGGCCACAAGACGUUAACAAUUAGUUAGCUCUCACACAAAGAUGGUGCGAUAUUCAUCAAACUGCAGUAAAGGUAUUUGGCAUAUAGUCACUGCAAAUUUGUAUUCAACUGAGAAUGAAAUAAAUUGGUGAAUCUCACUCAGCACAAGUAAUAUUUUUAAUAAGUUAAAAGACUAAGAGAAAAUAGAAAAAUUAUGUAUUAUGUAUGAACAUUAGAUCAAAGGUUUGCAUUUUGACAUUGUCAUGAUUUUCAAUUUUUUUUUCUUUUAUAUUCCUACAUCUGUAUAUGGUUUAUAGUAGUUCUAUAAUCAACCUUGAAUAUGAAUAUGUGGCUACUUUUUCUUAUUAAGGUUUUGCGGUAGGGGGUCAUAAGGUUUGUGUAAAAAAUAAAAAAAUAAAUGUAUGUAUUUUAUUUUAAUGAGAUUUGUUCUAAUGCUAAUGAUACUAUUUACUAUUUGAUUAGUGAAAGUUUUCUCUUACUUGACUUAUAUUAAAUUUUUUAAAAUCUAACAAUGUAAUAAGUU